AUGACGACGGGCGAUGACGUCGCUCAGCCAGGACAAAUGGAUCGGGCUCAUGCUGGCCAUGAGCUCGAGUGCAGCGAUUGGCACGAGUUUUAUCAUUACAAAGAAGGUGUGUGCGCAUCCCUGAUGCCAGGGUCUGAUGGCCGCCUCGCAUGCCGAUGGCCUCGCCUCGGAUCGGCUGGCGUACCUGGCGAAUCCUGUGUGGUGGGCCGGCAUGGCAACGAGUGUGUUUUUGUUUCUGACGCAGUCGCGAACUUUGUGGCGUACACGUUUGCGCCGCCCAUCCUAGUGACGCCGCUGGGCGCACUCAGCGUGCUGGUCGGUGCCGUGCUCGCGUCGUUCCUCCUGCAUGAGCGGCUUGGCAAGCUUGGCAUCAUUGGGUGUGCGCUGUGCCUCACUGGCACCGUCGUGAUCGUCGUCAACGCGCCCGAGGACCGCGAGAUCCAGACGGUCGACGAGAUUCUCGCGUUCGCGAUGCGCGCGCCCUUCCUCACGUACUGUGCUUUUGUCGCCAUCUUCUCGACGUACAUGGUGCUGCGCAUCGUCCCGCGGUAUGGGCGUACGACGCCGGUCGUUUACCUGUCUGUCUGCUCGCUCGUCGGCUCCAUUUCCGUCAUGAGCGUCAAGGCGUUCGGCGUGGCCCUGCGGCUCACGCUAAACGGCAGCAACCAGUUCACGCACAUUUCGACGUAUGCAUUUGGUCUCAUGGUCGCCCUGUGCAUCAUGAUCCAGAUGAACUACUUCAACCGCGCGCUCGAUCAGUUCUCCACGAACGUGGUCAACCCCAUCUACUAUGUCAUGUUCACCACGUCGACCAUCACUGCAUCCGUGCUACUCUUCCAGGGAUUCGAUACGAGUGCCCCGGCAGCCGUCUCACUGAUCGGCGGCUUUAUCGUCACAUUCGUCGGUGUAUACCUCCUCAACAUCAAGGGCGACUAUGCGCCUGACCAGCACCACGGCGCGUACGAGGCACUACCGCGCUCCCUCGAGCUCCGCGGUGGGCCACCGAGCCACGGCCACGAAGCGCCGGCGCCCUUCGUCCUAGACGAGGCCGACGCUGCGCACGAUGCGUACCCUCUGGACGCCUACCCUGAGCGGCCCGCCCCGUAG